AUGGCGGCGUGCCGAAGUCGCGGAAGGGGGAUACCGGAAGUGAGCCGGCGCCUGUCCCCGGAAGCGAGUGCCGAGCUGAGGAAGAUGGCGGCGGCGGCGGGCUCGGAUGGCGGUAGUGGCCCGUGUCGGGAGCCUCCGGCUGCGCGGCCGCCCCUGCUGCCCGCAGGGCCCGCACUGGUCGCGGCCGGGGACGAACUGGUGGCUGCAGUGUGGCCGUACCGGCGCCUGGCCCGCCUGCGCCGCCUCACUGUGCUGCCCUUCCUGGGGCUUCUCUACCCGGCCUGGCUAGGCGCCGCGGCUGCCGGCUGCUGGGGUUGGACGGGCGGCUGGACCGAGGUCCCGGAGGCGGCUCUGCUCACCCUGGCAGCCGUCGGGCUGGCGCACGCGCUCACCGUUCUCUCUGGCCACUGGUCCGUGCACGCGCACUGCGCGCUCACGUGCGCUCCGGAAUAUGAUCCUAGCAAAGCAACCCUGGUGAAAGUGGUCCCGACUCCCAACAAUGGAUCAGCUGAACUUGUAGCCUUGCAUCGAGAUGAGGGAGAAGGCGGGCAGGAGGUGCUGUCCUUUGAGUUUCAGAAGAUCAAGUACUCUUAUGACAGAGGGGAGAAAAAGAAGUUCCUUCCGGUGGCAUUUCCUGUGGGAAGCCCCUUUUCCUGCUACCAAAAUGCCCGUGGCUUUCAGGAAGAUGCAGAAAUCCGAGCAGCUGAAAAGAGAUACGGUACUAACAAGGCAGAGAUGGUGGUGCCUGAGUUCUCGGAGCUGUUUAAAGAGAGAGCCACAGCCCCCUUCUUUGUGUUUCAGGUAUUUUGUGUGGGGCUUUGGUGCCUAGAUGAGUACUGGUACUACAGUGUCUUUACCCUCUCCAUGUUGGUCGCCUUUGAGGCCUCCCUUGUACAGCAGCAGAUGAGGAAUAUGUCAGAGAUUCGGAAGAUGGGCAAUAAGCCAUACAUGAUCCAGGUUUAUCGAAACCGAAAGUGGAGACCAAUUUCGAGUGAUGAGAUCAUACCUGGAGACAUCGUUUCCAUUGGUCGUUCCCCCCAUGAAAACCUUGUUCCUUGUGAUGUGCUGCUGCUGCGGGGCCGCUGCAUCGUAGAUGAGGCUAUGCUCACUGGAGAGUCAGUACCCCAGAUGAAGGAACCAAUUGAGGACCUGGACCCAGAUCAUGUGCUGGACAUUCAAACUGAUUCACGCCUCCAUGUUAUCUUUGGGGGCACCAAGGUUGUGCAGCAUAUUGCUCCUCAGAAAGCCACCACAGGGCUGAAAUCAGUCGACAAUGGCUGUGUGGCCUACGUUCUGAGGACUGGCUUCAAUACAUCACAGGGCAAACUGCUUCGCACAAUCCUUUUUGGAGUGAAGAGGGUGACGGCCAACAACCUGGAGACUUUUAUCUUCAUCCUCUUCCUACUUGUUUUUGCAGUUGCAGCAGCAGCAUAUGUUUGGAUUGAAGGCACUAAGGACCCCAGUAGGAACCGAUACAAGCUAUUUCUGGAAUGUACUCUGAUCCUGACUUCAGUUGUGCCUCCAGAGCUUCCCAUUGAGCUGUCUCUGGCUGUCAACACCUCUCUCAUUGCCUUGGCCAAACUCUACAUGUAUUGUACAGAGCCGUUCCGGAUCCCCUUUGCUGGCAAAGUUCAAGUGUGCUGUUUUGAUAAGACAGGCACCCUGACCAGUGACAGUCUUGUGGUGCGGGGCGUAGCUGGACUCAAAGAUGGGAAGGAGGUGACGCCAGUGUCCAAUAUUCCUGUAGAAACACAUCGGGCCCUGGCCACAUGCCACUCCUUAGUGCUACUGGAUGAUGGCUCCUUGGUAGGAGAUCCUCUAGAGAAAGCCAUGCUGACAGCUGUGGAGUGGACUCUAACCAAAGAUGAGAAAGUUUUCCCCAGAAGUAUUAAAACUCAGGGACUGAAAAUUCACCAGCGCUUUCAUUUUGCCAGUGCCCUGAAGCGAAUGUCUGUGCUGGCCUCCUUUGAGAAGAUGGGGUCCACUGAUCUGUGUUACAUCGCUGCAGUGAAGGGGGCCCCUGAGACCCUGCACUCCAUGUUUUCUCAGUGCCCAAGUGACUAUCAAAGCAUUCAUACUGAGAUCUCCAGGGAAGGGGCCCGUAUCCUCGCUCUAGGAUAUAAGGAACUGGGCCACCUCACUCACCAGCAGGUCCGAGAAGUUAAACGUGAAACUCUUGAAUGUCACCUGAAAUUUGUGGGUUUCAUUGUAGUCUCCUGCCCUCUCAAAGCUGACUCCAAAGCUGUGAUUCGGGAGAUCCAGAAUGCAUCACAUAGGGUGGUCAUGAUCACGGGUGAUAACCCACUUACAGCCUGUCAUGUGGCCCAGGAGCUGCACUUCAUUGAGAAGGAGCACACAUUAAUCCUACAGGCCCCUUCCCAGAAAGGCACCGAGUGGCAGUGGCAUUCCAUUGAUGGCACCAUCAUCUACCCACUCAGCCAGAGCUCCACAAAGGAACUGACUUCAAACCACGCAUUGUGCCUCACAGGGGAUGGUCUUGCCCACCUCCAAGCUUCUGACCAUCAUUACCUGCUCAAGCUCAUUCCUCAUGUGCAGGUGUUUGCCCGAGUCUCCCCCAAACAGAAGGAGUUUGUCAUCACUAGCCUAAAGGAGCUUGGCUACGUAACCCUGAUGUGUGGGGAUGGCACCAAUGAUGUUGGGGCAUUGAAGCAUGCGGAUGUGGGGGUUGCUCUAUUAGCUAAUGCCCCAGAACGGAUAUUUGAAAGGCGUCGAAGACCCAGGGAUGGCCCCAGUGAUGGGAGACUCUCCUUGAGCAGCAGCAGCAGUGUAAGAAUGACCUCUAGGUUGGUUAAGCAUCGGCCUGUUCGGGAGGAGCAAUUGAAUCUUCAGAGGGAGCGUCUCAACCAGGUGUUAAGGGACCUAGAGGAGGACCAUGCCCCUGUUGUGAAGCUGGGAGAUGCUAGCAUAGCAGCCCCCUUCACCUCUAAGCUCUCAUCCAUUCAGUGUAUCUGCCAUGUCAUCAAACAAGGCCGGUGCACUCUAGUCACCACACUACAAAUGUUCAAAAUCCUGGCUCUGAAUGCACUCAUCCUUGCCUACAGCCAGAGUGUCCUCUACCUGGAAGGGGUGAAGUUCAGUGACUUCCAGGCCACGCUGCAGGGCCUACUGCUGGCUGGCUGCUUCCUCUUCAUCUCCCGCUCCAAGCCCUUGAAGACAUUGUCACCUGAGCGACCACUGCCCAACAUCUUCAACUUGUACACAGUCCUGACUGUGCUUCUCCAGUUCCUGGUGCAUUUUCUGAGUCUGAUCUAUCUGUACAAAGGGGCUCAGGCCCGCAGCUCUGACAAGAAAGAGGAGUUUGUGGAUUUGUACAAAGAGUUUGAGCCAAGCCUGGUCAACAGCACUGUGUAUAUCAUGGCCAUGGCCAUGCAGAUGGCCACUUUUGCCAUCAACUAUAAGGGUCCCCCAUUCAUGGAGAGCCUUCGGGAGAACAAGCCUCUUCUGUGGAGCCUCGGUCUAUCCAUUGCUGCUGUUGCUGGUCUCCUGUUGGGCUCUUCCCCUGACUUCAACAGCCAAUUUGGGCUUGUGGACAUCCCUGUGGAGUUCAAGCUGGUGAUUGCUCAGGUCCUGCUGCUUGACUUCUGCCUGGCCCUUCUGGUAGACCGUGUCCUUCAGUUCUUGUUGGGGAGCCCGAAGAUGAAAGUGCCUUCAUGAGUCUGAACUUAGGGCCCUCCUUCCUAGGGCCAUGGAGAGGCGACCACGCGAUCCCAGGGUGGGGGCCUGGAAGAGCCCAGACUGUGUAGGGAGGAGCAGUGAUCACCCCUCCCCAUUGAUGUUCUAAGUGAUGUUCUAGGACAGACUUAAGUGGGAACCUUUUGUACUGUGGGCCCCCUGCUCUAUUCCCUCCCCCUUUGGUAAAUAAAGCAGCAUCAGCGUAUUUUAAAAUUAA